CUCAGCUGACAAGCUCGUUCAGGAUUGGUCAUUUAGUUCUUCAUCGUAUCGAACCAAUGACAAACCUCACCACGCACGACUCAAGUCGACAGGGGCCUGGUGUCUGCCGGAGGUCAUUAAUAUGGACUUUACACAUUACUUAGAGGUGGAACUGCCACGUCUGUAUCUUGUAUCAGCGGUCGCUACCCUGGGAGGCGUGAGGAGUUUGGAAUAUGUGACGUCAUAUAGGGUGGAAUACAGCGUGGAUGGUCGUGAAUGGAAGAAUACCUCAGUGGAUGGUACUCAGGUAAUCAAAGGCAACACUGCCUCUGGAAAUGACGACGUUCAAACGAGAUUAUUAGACAAUGCUGUCAGGGCAAAAUUCCUGAGAUAUAUUCCUCUGGAUUGGGGGAGAGUCGCUUGCAUGAGAGUUGAUAUAUGUGGACACCAACUGCCACAUUAUCCCACAGUCAUCGCGAAGGAACAGGCAUCUUCCGCCAUCCUAUCCUGGUCAACUCCUGACCCAGGAGACGAGGGAAUACAGAAAUACUACGUCAGAUAUUGGAAAACAUCGCAAGGAAAGACUUCACAGAAGAUCUUUGAGAGUGUGACCAAUGCUGAAGUUCUUGUUCCUAAUCUCAGACCGUUCACGGAAUACAGAGUUGAGAUUUCUGGGGUGAGCGAGCUUGGUGAAGGACUAGCCCGAGUGAUACAAUUCACGACGCUUGAAACAGCACCCUCAGGGUCACCAACGAGUAUAUCGUUCGAAUUCCUGGGAGAAAACGCUGUGAAUAUUACAUGGACUCCCCCAGACGAGGAUAAAAGAAAUGGUGUUAUCAUUGCUUACAUCAUUUGUUUCCCCUUGUCAGCCACGAGCGGAGAGUGUAAGGACACAACAACUCUCCCGGGUUCCAAGACGUGGUAUGUCUUGAGUGAUAGAGACUUCAGCUCUGAACAGAUCGUCAAGAUUCGGGCGCAAACAAAAGAAGGACUGGGUCCAAUGGGACAAGCUACAAGUGGAGUGUUGGAGUACACAGCACCUGAAGGUAAAUGUUAAAUUGUGAUGUGAAUAACGAGUAGAAAACGAGGCACACUCAGUUCUUUCUCGUUGAUCUUGCUCUCGUCUCAUUCCAGGUGUCGCUUUGUCGCUUAUCAUAGCAAUAACAUGUGGUGUUAUCUUUUUGGCUUUUAUCCUUGUCGUAAUUCUUGCUGUCAAAGGUGUUAUUUUGAAGAACUUUGUCCGGAAACUCAGGUCGGUAAUCCACCAGAUUCUCGUGAUAUCAAGGAUUGGCUCUCUGAAAUGGAAACUGCGUCAAAAUAAUUCAUUGAAUUGCUGUUUCUCCGUAGGAAACUGACCAGCUCUCAGUUAACAAUGUCAACAAGCGAUGGCUACAAGUCUAACAACCCAACCGUUCUUGUACUUCCCGAUCAGGAGACGCGAACAGCGGAGACUCUUUACAACUCCACCAACCAACAGAUUACGGAGAAUCUUUACGAUGAUCUAGAAAACGUACGAAAACAAACGAUUACUUUGACAGAACAAAAUAUUUAUGGCAACUCUGUGAACCUCACGUUCUCCACGCAAGAUCAAUUUGCGAACUUACCAUCAGACCAGAUUUACGCAACAAAUGGAGAAAACGAGGGAGCCUAUGGGACAAAUAUGAUUCAUAAUGAACACGAUCAACAACAUGCUGUAUAUCAAUACAAUACCUCAAACAUCCCGGAAGAUCCCUACAGUCUGAAUCCUCUACCGAUGAU